AGAGCCGAAGAUGUUGGCUCGGUCAUGUGAUCAGCUGUGUCCAAUCACAGCUGAUCACAUCAACGCCACCUGUCAGUGUCCAUCAGUGCCAGCUCUGUGCUCAUCCAUGCCACCUGCCAGUGCCCAUCAGUGCCACAUUUCAGUGCCCAUCAGUGCCAGUCAGAGCUGCCUUUCAGUGUCACCCAUCAGUGCCAGUCAGUGCCACCUAUCAGUGUGCAUCAGUGCCGCCUAUCAGUGCCCACCAGUGCCAGUCAGUGCCACCUAUCAGUGCCACCUAUCAGUGCCAUAUAUGAGUGCUGCCUUUCAGUGCCCAUCAGUGAUGCCCGUCAAUGCCCAUCAGUGCCACCCACCAGUGCCUCCUCAUCAGUGCCCAUCAGAGCCACCUAUCAGUGUCCAUCAGUGCAGCCAAUCAGUGCCCAUCACU